AUGAGCGCACCGCAAUCGCUCGAGGUUACUGGAACCCCCACAGGAGGCGUUGACUCUCCGCACGCCGCCGCGGCCUCCCCCAAGCCUGAGCAAAAGUCCGUCAAGUCGACGACCGGAGCUGUCAGCAAGGCCGCGAAGGCCGCAUCCGGCCACAAGGAACAUCACAAGUACAAAAUCCCGCUGGCCAGCCCGGAUGCAAAUCUCGGAGUGCAUAUUGCCAACCGGCUGGUGGAGAUCGGAUGUACGACCUGCUUCGCCGUACCAGGUGACUUCAAUUUGCUGCUCCUGGACCAGCUCCUGAAGCAACCCGAGCUCAACAUGGUGUGGUGCUGUAACGAGCUGAAUGCGGGAUAUGCGGCGGACGGCUACGCGAGGAAGAGGGGUGUGGGGUGCGUGUGUGUCACCUUCUGUGUGGGAGGUUUCAGCGCCAUCAACGCCGUGGUGGGUGCGUAUUCCGAGGACCUGCCCCUCAUCGUCAUCUCCGGGGGGCCCAACUCGCAAGACCACGCGGCCAACAGGAUUCUGCACCACACCACGGGACUGAACGAAUACGGUCAACAGCUGAGGGCGUUCAGGGAAUGCACCUGCUGCCAGGUUGUGAUCCAGCACAUCGAGGACGCGCACAUGUUGCUGGACACGGCCAUCAGCGAGGCCAUGCUGCGGAGGAAGCCCGUGUACAUUGAGGUGGCCUGUAAUCUGGCGGAUCUAACCCACCCCAGCUUUGCUCGUCCACCGGUGCCGUACGCGCUGGCGGUGUCGCACACCAACCAGGCCUCCCUGGAGGCGGCGGUGGAGGCGUCCCUGGAGUGGUUGGGUCGGGCGGUGAAACCGGUGCUGUUGCAAGGUGUUCGUACCCGGCCCUCCCGUACUCGUAAAGCCAUGCUGGACCUGGCCAACUCCUCCAGGUACCCGGUGGCGGUCAUGCCGGACGCCAAGGGCUUCUUCCCGGAGGACCACCCACAAUUCAUAGGCAUGUAUUGGGGCCCCGUGAGCAGCCCCUGCGUGUGCGAGGUGGUGGAGAGCUCGGAUGUCGUAAUUUGUGUGGGUGGAGUAUGGACUGACUACUCCACGACGGGCUACUCGCUGCUGCUAAAACCGGAGAAGAUGAUCCGAGUUGAUGGCAACCGCGUCACGAUCGGUCACGGACCCACGUUCGGCUGCAUCGUGAUGGCGGACUUCCUGGAGGCGCUGGCGGCGAGGGUAAAACCCAAUGACACGGGCCACGUCAUCUUCAAGCGCAUGGUGUUGCCCACCACAGAGCCGCCGCCGCAGCAGCCGGGCGAGAUGCUGCGAACGAAUGUCCUGUUCAAGCACAUCCAGCACAUGCUCACGCCCACCACCUCUCUGAUUUCCGAGGUCGGCGACUCCUGGUUCAAUACACUGAAGCUCAAGCUGCCGCCCGGGGCAGAGUACGAGCUUCAGAUGCGGUACGGCUCCAUCGGCUGGUCCGUGGGUGCCGUACUGGGUUAUAGCUGCGCGGAGAAGCAGACGAAUCCGGAGCGGCGGGUGGUGGCGUGUAUCGGGGACGGCUCCUUCCAAAUGACGGCGCAGGGGCCAUACAACGUAAUCAAGAACUGGGAUUACACCGGACUUGUACGGGCGUUUCAUAACGGCCAGGGCAAGUUGUGGACUGCCGAGGACCCCGGCCCUGUCCCUCUCCGCAUCCUUCGGUUCAUACAUAAGGCCCGUACGGAGACGGAGCUGGAGGCCGCCAUCUCCGAGGCUGUACGGCGGCGCGGGGAGCUGUGUUUCAUCAUGGCGGUGACCCACCGGGACGACUGCAGCAAGGAGCUGCUGGAGUGGGGGAGCCGAGUGGCGGCGGCGAACAGCCGUAAGCCCGGGGCCGCGCAGGCGGGUAGCGGCCACUGA